AUGUCACAAGUGGAUAAUGAUGGUAAGAACAUGCUUCAAUGGGCCUGCAAGGGUGGACAUGUGGGUAUGGAGGAGUGUUUACUCCCACAAUAUGGUGUUGAGAUUAAGAAUGGGUACAGGCCACCACUUCUGCAGGCUGCAUGGCGGGGACACAGAGACGUUUGUGAGUUCCUCGUGUGUAUGGGAGCUAAUGUGUCACAAGUUGAUGAUGACGCCUACAACGCCCUGCACUGGGGCUGCCAGAGCGGACAUCUGGAUGUGGUGAAGUAUCUACUUUCUCUAUGCAGUCUUGAUAUUAACAGUAGGGGACAAGGCGGUGAGACCCCGUUGAUGAAAGCUGCAUUCAGAGGCCACAGAGUCGUGUUUGAGUUCCUCGUCAGAAAGGGAGCUAAUGUGUCACAAGCUGAUGAUGACGGCAACAACGUCCUUCAUUAUUCCUCUUUGGGUGGACAUUUGGAGAUAGUGAAGCACGUCAUCAGAGAGAACAUGGUCAACCUUAAAGACAGGAACAAGGACGGGGUAACAGCAGCCAUGAUGACGACAUAUGUUAACACAUCGUCAUAUCGUCGCCUGUAA